AUGUCUGCAAAAGCAGACCUCGACGGCUUUGAUGAACGUCUCCGUAAACGCACUAUGGCUGCCCCGCAUCCUCUUGAUACUGUACCAACGGAUCCUUCCUUGAAGCCGCGUGGGGUAAUCCCAAAUACGCCUUUGGCUGCGUCCGCCGUGUCGUUCUUGCUUGGAUCCUUAUUCGUCCUUGGAUUCUUGACAUUUGCUGUUGGAGGCUUCGAGCGCUUCUGGUGGACGACAUAUCAACUAGGAUUUUUCUUUGCUGCAUGGUCAGCGUUCCACUGGGGCGAAUUUGCUGUUACCGCGGGGUGGAACAAGGACAAAUGUAGCAUUGACUCAUUCCUUCUCGAGAACGGGAUGACGUAUCAUAUAGCGCAUGGUGUGGCUCUGCUCGAAUACCUGAUUACCUUGUACUUCAAGCCGGCAUUCAAGAACUAUCCUCGCGUCUCUUAUGCCGGCAUGCUUCUCGUUCUCAUCGGCCAAAUUCUGCGAUCCACUGCCAUGAUUCAUGCAGCAUCCAAUUUCUCUCAUGCCAUUGCACUGCGGAAAUUAGACUCGCAUGUCCUUGUAACUGGCGGAGUAUAUAGGUAA